GGGACAAAGAAAGAGACCACCUUAAAUUAACAACCUCAACAAUGGGACAAUGUGACACAUAUCCCUUUUCAUCACUUCUCUAAAUAGCAUAUCAAAAUAACCAAAACACUUAGAUCCGACACCCUCUCUUCUCUUUCUUUUUUUCUUUCUUUCACAACCCAGUUAAUCCUUGAAUCGGAUAGGUUUCUUAGAGAGUUUAAUUCUAUUGUGCUAUUUAGUUAGAAAUAUCGUGGUUUCUUGUUCAUAAGGUGUUUUGGAUGGUGAAUUUGGUGCUUCAUGUGUAACGAAACAAAGCUCAAUGCUGUGAUCAGUUGUAGUGCAUACCUGAGCAGUGAGAGUUAUAUUUAGAUUUGUCUUAUUAUCAAUAGAUAAAUGUCGAGGGGCAGAUCUGAUGAAUCGCCGAAGAAGCGUUUAGUUGCUUCUGUUUGUGGCGUGGCAUUCUUUCUUGGUUUUCUAUAUGUGUUUCAAGGAUCCAUCUUUGGCUCUCAAAAUAGUCCUACAAUUGAAUAUGGAAAAUCGUUGAAAAGACUCGGGGCGUCGUAUUUGGGUGCAGAUGAUGAUGCAGAUAACAAGCAACAAGAUGCAUCUACAAGUUUAGUGCAGGGAGAUGCGGUGGGGGAGGAUAUUAUACCGAAGAGUUUCCCUGUUUGCGAUGACCGUCAUUCAGAGUUGAUUCCAUGCUUAGACAGACAUCUUAUCUAUCAAUUGAGACUGAAGUUGGAUCUUAGUUUGAUGGAACACUACGAGAGACAUUGCCCUCCUGCAGAAAGACGGUUCAAUUGCUUGAUUCCUCCUCCGCCAGGGUACAAGGUCCCUAUUAAGUGGCCGCAGAGUAGGGAGGAGGUGUGGAAACUAAAUAUACCGCAUACUCACCUUGCACAAGAGAAGUCCGACCAGAACUGGAUGGUUGUGAAAGGUGAAAAGAUUUUUUUCCCCGGAGGAGGGACUCAUUUUCACAAAGGUGCUGAUAAGUACAUUGCGGCCAUCGCAAAUAUGCUCAACUUUUCAAACAAUAAUCUUAACAACGAAGGAAGACUACGGACUGUUCUUGAUGUUGGCUGUGGUGUUGCGAGUUUCGGAGGUUAUCUUUUGGCAUCUGAUAUAAUUGCAAUGUCCUUGGCACCAAACGAUGUGCAUCAAAAUCAAAUUCAGUUUGCUUUAGAAAGAGGAAUUCCUGCGUAUCUUGGUGUCUUGGGAACCAAGAGACUCCCUUACCCAAGUAGAUCUUUUGAACUUGCACAUUGUUCUCGUUGUCGGAUUGAUUGGCUUCAGAGAGAUGGAAUACUACUCCUUGAGCUAGACCGGGUUCUUAGACCGGGAGGUUAUUUCGCGUACUCGUCUCCAGAAGCAUAUGCGCAGGACGAAGAAGAUUUGAGGAUAUGGAGAGAAAUGAGUGCCCUUGUGGGACGCAUGUGUUGGAGAAUCGCUUCGAAGAAAAACCAAACAGUCAUCUGGCAAAAACCUCUCACGAACGAUUGCUAUAUGGAAAGAGAACCCGGUACUCGCCCUCCUCUCUGCCAGUCUGACGAAGACCCUGAUGCAGUAUGGGGAGUGAACAUGGAAAUUUGCAUAACGCCGUAUUCUGAACAUGACCACAAAGCCCAGGGUAGUGAGUUAGCUCCAUGGCCUUCAAGAUUGACCAGUCCUCCUCCUAGAUUAGCUGACCUUGGCUACUCAAAUGAAAUCUUCGAGAAGGACACGGAACUAUGGCAAAAAAGAGUUGAGAAUUACUGGAAUCUCAUGGGAUCGAAAAUCUCAUCAAACACCGUCAGAAACGUGAUGGAUAUGAAAGCAAACAUGGGUUCAUUUGCCGCCGCUCUUAAAGACAAAGACGUUUGGGUGAUGAACGUUGUAUCUCAUCAAGGACCAAGCACACUUAGAAUUGUAUUCGACAGAGGACUCAUCGGGAGUACUCACGACUGGUGUGAAGCAUUUUCAACAUACCCGCGUACUUACGAUUUACUCCACGCAUGGACUGUAUUUUCUGAUAUACAAGCGAAAGAGUGCAGUCCACAAGAUCUAUUACUCGAGAUGGAUCGUUUGGUUAGGCCAACCGGUUUCAUAAUCAUACGAGAUAAACAGCCCGUGAUUGAUUUCGUUAAAAAGUACCUAACAGCAUUGCAUUGGGAAGAAGUUGCAACAUCAGAUUCCAGUUCUGACUCUGAGCAAGAUGGCAAUGAAGUUGUUUUUAUCGUCCAGAAGAAAUUGUGGCUCACUUCUGGAUCCCUUAGGGGUGCAGCAGAAUAGGAUUAAAAUAACAACUACAUGGUUUAUUUAAUUUUUUUUCUUCAUUUUCUAUAUCUUUGAUAUAUUUUGUGCUGUUACAAGGAAUUAACAGCAUAGCAUAGCUACAACUACAUUUUGUAGCAUUACAUAAUGUUGUUCACAUUGUUAAAUUUCCUUGUUUUGAUUCUCAUUUCAUUUUCA